AAUGUUUUCGUCGCUUUCUUGCUGGUGAAGGACCAAGAUAACGUGGAAGGGAAAGCAUAGUUGUAGAAAUCUGCCAUUUUAUGCACAGACAGAACACUUUAACGUCCUUUAAUUUUCUCGCAUAUCGUUCUCUUUCGGUAUUCUGUCAUUUGCAACCACGAUGAACAGCCUGGACAACGGUAAUGACCAGAGAGAGCCGAUCUCGCGAGGCAUACCGAUGAGGAGAGUCAUUGUACAAGACCCUUCUCAUAUGCCAUCACAUUACUCCGAAACUCCCGGAGGAACUUUAUUUUCAACUACACCGGGAGGAACACGAAUUAUCUAUGAAAGGAAGUUUCUGCUUGAUUUGAAAAAUUCACCUCUUUCAAAAACUCCAACUAAGUUACCUGUUAUACCUGGUGUGACAUUGGAUGACAGUGGAAAAAUAAUCGAGGAAGACGAAGAAGCAAAUGAAAAUGAGAAAAACAAAGUCAAUAAACAAAUGCCAGUUCCAAUGGAAGAGCAAAAUGGAGCUGACCAAAAGAAGGGGCAUGAUGAUAUACAGUUUGACAUGGAUAUAUGAGUAAAUCUCAGAAGAGCAACACAAAAACCAAUAAAAAGCUGUCAUGAAGUUGAACUGAAUUACUUAAAAGAGUAUGCCACCCAUUAGUUAUUGUCACCUAUCUAUCUGUAUGUGUUUUGGUUUGGUAAAAACAUGUUAGGGGGGAGGGGGAGGAUUUGUUCACUUUGAGCUGGGAAAUAAGCAAUGUAGCUUAGACUACUGUUUCAAGACAAUCCUUACUUUAUGCUCUGAAAUACAGCUUAGACUUUGGUGAGACUUUUGCCAAAAAUACAAACAUUGUUUUUUAUCAUGACAGUUUCAUUGAUACUUGGCUACCAUCCUUUAGUUCCAAGCAAUUUUUCAAAGUUCCAAGGAAGCAAUUUUAGUUCCAAGCAAAGAAAAAACCUACCUAUUCAACAAUAUCAAGAAAAUUUGCUCCCAGCUUCUGAAACCUCUUGAAAUAUAAGGCAAAUUAAAAAAGCUUAAGUUUUGAAAAGUUUGUGUGAAAAUGGUUUAAUCAAAAGUAAAUUCAAGCUUUGAUUGUAGGUUUUCAAUCCUGUUUCAAUUCUUAAUAAAUAAAGCUAGUGUAAAUUGAAUUUAGUGGAUAUUUUAUGUACAUACAUUUAGCAAAUGUUGGGCCACUAUAACCUGUUAAAUGAAAUCACUGAAAUUGCAACCAGAAGCCAUUCUAGUUGCUGCAUAUGGCAUUGGGACAAUCAGUUUCACUGUGAAAGUUUUAUGCUAUCCUGUCACAAGCUUGAAUGGAAAAGUUUAGUAAUAGCAAAAAUUUCAAGCUAUAUGUUACAUAUCUCACCUUUUUUAACUUGACAAAUCAUUUCAGAUGAGUAAGAUUGCAUGGCAAUUAAAGCAGAAAACCCUGUGAAAUCAGGUAUUUCAUCAGAACUGUAUGACAGGUAAUCUAUACAUGUUUAAGCUCUUUAAAGGUGGUCAGUAAAUGUCUGGGAAAUUUUGAUACAAUGCUUAACAGUGUUUGAGGGUGAUUCAAUGCACCAAUUAAUGCUCUUUUGGUUUAUCUGUAAGGGAAAAAGCAAAAGUCAGCCAAAGUUUCUGAACUAUUUCAUGUGACCAAUAGGUUCCAAAUUUAUAAUUUGUAAUUUUAUCACCCUAAACGUGAUAUUUUUCAGGUUAACUUCUGUAGAAGUUCUUCAAACAAUCGAAACCUCUUUUUGUAUUGCAUAUGAUCUCUGAGGAUUAGUUUGCUUGUGAUUGAAGACUAUAUUGCAAGUCAUCUUUUAAAUGUAAAAUACAAAUCCAUUUAUAUUAUGGUUCUUUUCUUUCUCCUAUAAAAAGCUUUCACUUAA